AUGUCCACCUCCGAACCCCACCAAAUUCCCGAGGGUUUAGAAGAGGGUGACAUCCUCGACGCCGACGAUGCCGCUGAAGAGAUCUCCAAAGAUGACGACCAGCCGAUGGACGACGACGAAGGAGACUUUGAAGAUGAGGAGGAGAUACAAUUACAAAACGACUCGGUUGCACACUUUGACGCCCACACAGACAGCAUCUUCUGCAUCGCGCAACAUCCCACCAACCCCUCCAUCAUAGUCACUGGAGGCGGAGACGACACCGCAUACAUUUUUGACGCAUCCGUUUCUCAAGCAGUCACUCCAGCAGGCAGUGAACGGCAGAGUUUGGCCCCAGUACAAAAACUGGACGGACACACCGAUUCGGUCAACGCCGUGUCCUUUACGCUGCCGCGGGGUGAGUACGUGGUGACGGCUGGCUUGGACGGGAAGCUGCGGGCGUGGAAGAGCGAGGAUUCGUCGGCGAAGAAAUGGAGAUUUGUUGCAGAGGCCUCUGAGGUACAGGAGAUCAAUUGGGUGGCCGCGUCGCCGAAUGCCGAGCACGAAAAUGUCAUUGCGCUCGGCGCGAAUGAUGGCUCCGUUUGGGUGUACCAGAUCAACGCUGCCGACCAGGGGAGCCCAUUGACCAUCGUCCAGGCAUACUACCUACAUACCGCAUCUUGCACGGCAGGCGCAUGGACACCUGAUGGAAGUCUCCUGGCGACUGUGUCUGAAGAUGGGAGUCUAUACGUGUGGGACGUCUUUUCGACCGGCCAGGCAGUGGUGACUUGCACCGCUGCUGAUGCGCGCUUUGAGGUUGAAGGCGGGCUUUACAGCGUUGCGUGCACUUCGUCUAUCGUUGCCGUUGGAGGUGCAGGCGGCAACAUCAAAGUAGUCGGUCUACCGCAACCGGCGGAUCAAGCGAAGAAGACUGCCAAAGGAGCUGGCGCUUCUCGGCAACAGGCCUCAUCCGCCGGACAGCUUCUUGCCUCGUUACAAGCCCAGACCGACGGGGUGGAGACCCUCUCGUUUUCCUCCCCACCACUGACUAUUCUGGCGGCCGGCAGUGUCGAUGGCUCGAUAGCACUGUUCGAUACGGCCCAUCGGUUCGCCCUCCGACGACACAUCAAAGAAGCGCACGAAGAUUAUGCCGUAGUCAAGGUGGACUUUGUGCGCAACCCGCAGCGCGGAGGCUGGAUCUUGACCAGCGUGGGUAUGGAUGGAGUGGUGAGACGAUGGGACGUCCGCGGCGGAACCACAGCUGCAGGGCAGGGAUUCCUACAAGAGUGGAGGGGCCAUCGAGGAGAAGGAGAAGGCGGAGGCAUCUUGGGCUUCGUACAAGGCGGACAAGGCACGAGGCUUGUCACUGCUGGCGACGAUGGCGUUGCACUGGUUUUCGAAGCAGACAUUUCAUGA